GUCUUAGAAUAUAAACUUUUGACAGGUUGCAUCUCACAAUUGAUGUUAGCAAUUUUAUUGCGAUUUUAACUUCAUUGCCACAUAUCUAUGGUUUUACAAAAUGAAUGUACAUAUACAGAAAAAGUGAAGGAAAAUCAUUGAAAACUACAAGAAAAUUAACUGAAAGCAGAAGAUUUACAUGUAGAUAUUGACAUACAUGUACCAUUAAGAUGAACAAAAUACAUAAAUAACCUACUACAUGGCUGCAUUAGUUAUGAUGAAUCGGAAGAAAAAAUCGAUACUGUACAUACUCUGUAGCGGGGCUCUGAUUUACUAUGUAAUACAAGUGGUAUAUUUCAACCAGGAGUAUAGUCCAUUACAAGUACUAGCAGAUGCCAGAAGCGAGGCUCGAAGAUUACUUAGGUUUAUAACAUUGUAUCAUUACCAGUGCAACAAUACAGUAAUGAUGUCUAACAAUACUAACUGGCCUGUUUGUACUGAAGUGGAUGGUGGAAUAAAUGUGGAGUCGAAAAAUUCUAAAAAGGCUUACUCUGUUGGGCCUUCUGAAGACUUAGAAUUUGAAAGACUCCUCGUCAGAAAUUUAUCAUUUAAUGUAUUUCUCAUAUGUCACAGACCAAUAUACUACGAUGGAAGUUUGAAUAAUACAUAUGUUAUUAAAACAGUUGUGGUGCCAAACGACCCAUCAGACUUUACUAGAAAUUCAUAUGAAACACAGACGUUGAACGAUAUCAUGUUAAAUUUACAUCAUACUCACAUAGAUGUACUUAAAAUAGAAAAUGUUAUGGAUGAGAUCAAUACACAUGAGAUUUUAUUUUAUCUUGUUAAGGAUGAUCUCUUGAAAAAGGUUGAUCAGCUUCAUAUUUCAUUACAUAUUGAUAAAGUAGAUGAUGAUCAUUUAUACAGUUGGUAUAGAAGUCUGUAUAACCUUUUCCACAAGUCAAGAUUCAGAUUAUACCAUACAUCAGCAUCAGAUCAACUGUGUUUACAGAUCACACUCAUGGAGUCAUGUACAUACUACAUGUCCUGGGUCAGAGAUCCUGGACCACAAACCAUGAUAUUGUACCCUCCAGCUAUUGAUGGUUCAAUAGAAUUUGAGCUUGCAAGAAUAGAUGAUUAUUUAGAGAAACCAGAAGGCUAUUGUGAUGAUAGUGUGGAUAUACCAGUACUGGGGGGUACUCCUAUAUCAUUAUGUACCAACACUGACAGAUACAUGUUAAGAAAUCCUUGUAAAAUUAUUUUAAUAGGGGAGGAGAAAAUGCAAUUAACUACAGAUUCAUAUUUACCCUUUGAACUACGAUGUGAUGUUAUUGGAUUGAAGAUGUUAGAUGGUCAUAUUGAUGCAGAUGUUAAUGAAUAUACCACCAAUAAUAGAGGAACUAUACUACAGUCUACUACUGGAAGGUCAACAGUGUUAGAAGCACUGGACAAAUACACAUUGUACGACAACAAGAACAUUUUGUAUCUGAACAUGCCAAACAUGUUUUGGGAUUUCAUUACACCAUUACUAAAUUCUGGAGUCCUAAAGGGAUUUCAUCAAUUAAUCAUAGACAUCAAUCUCCACAGAAUAUCAAAGAAUCUGCCGGUUGGAACAAUCAGAACUUACUACAGUGAACUUAAACGUAUUGAAUCUUAUGGCUUUGAUCUCUACCAAUCUAUUAAGCUUGGAAAUGAUGUUAAAUUCAGACAAAACAAAGAAUAUCACAGACUUAAUUUUGUUAAAACAAGACCGCCAUAUGGAAAGUCAAUAUAAUUGUAUAGAUAGUCUCGUAGAUCUUUAUUUAUUUUUAAUAUUUGAAAUCAUGAUAAUGCCAAUGUGUAUUUUUAUUUCAUUGUAUCAUGUCAUAUUUCAUGAAUCUAUUUAUAUAGAAUAAGAAAAAGAAUAUUAAAAGUUUACUAAUAUUGAGAA